AUGAAUUCAAUUCGUCAAGGAGUGGAGAGAUUAACCGGUCUUUGGAUUUUGAGCAGUUUAAUUGCAGGAAGAGGAUCGAGGAAGUUGGGAUAUUUGAGAAAACUAAACCAACUUCGAGGAUCUCUAGCACUUAUUCUAGAAGACUUGAGUGAGUUAGAAGACUUGGUUGAUGCUCAGAAAGCAGAAUUGAAAAAUAAGAUAUACAUUCAAGAGUUGAGCCGGGAGGUGGGGGUGGACAUAUUGGAGGCUCUUCAACCACCUCCAAACCUGCAUUAUUUAGGAAUGAGUGGAUACAAGGGCACCCAAUUGCCAGUAUGGAUCACCACGUCCCUUAACUAUUUAAGGGUUCUUAAUUUCUCAUCAUUUAACAACUUCUCAUAUUUGCCCCCUUUGGGAAAGCUGCCGAUGCUUGAGGAGCUUGAGAUAUCAUUAAUGGAUAGCAUGAAUUUUUGGGAAUAA